CGCGGCUGGACGCGCUCCAGAGGAGGAGGUGUAUCUGCGCGCGCGCGUCCAACCGCGUCGAAACCUCCAGCGCUUCUGUCAGUUAGUUCCAGUUUUCUUAUGGACGGUCUGUCAGCCGCAGCUCCCCGAGCUUUAAACUAUGAGACCAACAUGAAAGAUACGGAUCGCAGCACCGAGAGCCGAAUCAGAGGAGAUCAACACUUGGUGCCGAAAUGUCAAACGAGCGAAACAAAAGGAUUUUACUGGAGUUGGUGAAGCAGCCGGAGAACAGCCGCUGCGCUGACUGCGGGGCCUCUGAGCCAGACUGGGCUUCCUACAAGCUGGGUGUGUUUGUAUGCCUGAACUGCUCUGGGAUCCAUCGCAGCCUCUCCAGCCGGGUCAAAUCAAUCCGGCUGGACUUCUGGGAGGAUGAUCUAGUCGAGUUCAUGAGAUCGAAUGGGAAUGCCAGCGCCCGAGCCGUCUAUGAGAAAGCUGUUCCACCCUACUACUACCGACCCCAGGAAAACGACUGCAACGUCCUGAGGGACCAGUGGAUCCGAGCUAAAUACCAGAGGACGGAAUUCACAGGAGAAACCAAGUAUCCACCUCUGGCGUAUACAACAGGUUUCCACGAAGGACUCCUGUGGAAGAAAGGGAAAGAGAACAUGCAGUUUUUGAAGAGGAAGUUUGUUCUGUCAGAGCGGGAAUUCACCCUGUCCUACUACAACAAGGAAGAUGAGUCCAAAGGCCCUAAAGCUGUGAUUGCCAUCAAAGACCUGAACGCCACCUUUCAGCCACAGAAGAUUGGUCAUCCUCAUGGGCUGCAGCUUACAUACCAGGAUGAUGAUAAAACCAGGAACCUCUAUGUGUAUCAUGAUAGCCCUGAGGAGAUAGUUGUGUGGUUCAACGCCAUCCGAGCAGCUCGGUAUGCAUACUUGAAGACCGCAUACCCGACGGGAAGUGAUGAAGAGCUGGUGCCAAAGAUAACAAGAAAUUAUCUAAAAGAGGGAUACAUGGAAAAGACGGGGCCGCUGCAGAAGGAGUCUUUUAAGAAGCGCUGGUUCAUUUUGGACUCUCAAAACAGGAAGCUGCUAUACUUCAAAGACCAACUGGAUGCAGAGGAGUUAGGCGUCAUUUUCAUCGGGACAGAGAGCAACGGCUACUCUGUGAAGGAGUGCGUCCCACAAAACACACGUGGCAACAAGUGGAAGUGUGGGGUGACGGUGCAGACUCCUGAGAGGCAGUUUGUGUUCAUGUGCGAGCAGGAGAGGGAGCAGAAAGAGUGGCUGAGCGCCCUGAGAAAGGUGAUGUCCAGGCCCAUGUCACCGCAAGAUUAUAACGCUGAAGCCCAUAUAAGGUACAAGAGAUGAAAACAAAGAACUGUAACAGCUGGGAUGUACUCCAGAAGACUGCAUCCAAGACCUGGAUACCUGAAUGUCUGUCUCCUAUUAGAUCCUACUGACAUGAUGUUAAGUCUUUGGUUUAAAAAGGCCACAUCAUAAUCAUCUGAUAUUUUACUGAUACUUUAACACAGUUGUUUUACGUUACCAUGGUGAUCUGACAUUCCUUUAUUUCUAA